CUGCGGCGGGGAGGCUGCCGGGCGCGGGGCGGCCUGAGGGCGAUGUCGGCGGAGCAGGAGAGGUCGGAGCCCUCGGAGAUUAGCGAGCCAGAUGUCUUUGAAAUUGUUCUUCCAAUCACCGUGUUUGAGCUGAGCGAUGAGGAUUUCCUCCAAGAUGACGCUGAAGAACCGGUAGCGCCAGUUCUCGAGUUAAAGCAGGAGGAUGCGAAGGAGGUCAACUCAAGCAAUACCUUUUCCGAAAAAAGUGUAACAUCUUCAAGUGAUGCAAACAGCUUAAACACAGGGGAAGAAAAUGAGACUACUUCUAAAGGGGAUGAUAGUGUGCAGUGUUCUGAAGAAAAAUGCAUUGCUGAGAGUGUGUGUAAUGAAUCAAAGUUAUCUUUAAGUGAUUGGUGUUACGCAGGCAAGGAUAAAUAUGGUCAAAAUUACGCAUUGCCUACAUCAUCUUGCAAAACAGAGCUGACAGAGAUAAAUGAAACCAGUGACAGAAAAGAAUGUGGUGGUCGUGCCAGCUUUCAGAAUGGACCUCCUCUCCUCCUCUCUGCUGGUGAUGAAGGCAGAGAUGAAGUCAUCAGUACAAGCGGUCAGUUGGCAUUGGCAGCGAUACCCAGACAUGAAGAAGAACUUGUCAGUGUUACAAGUGUUCUUUCUGAUAGCAGUCAAGAGAAACAACCAGAAAUCCACAAGGAGAUUGAGACAAUUGUUGAAAUGGAAGAUCCCAAUUCUUCACAGAAUGGAGCUACAGAAGCUAAUAACAAAAAGAGAAGCAAAGAACAAGAUGAAACACCAAGUUAUCUUUUGGAAUGUGACUUGAAAGAAGAACUGAAAUUUACCUUCAAGUGUUCUGCUUCAGUACUUAAUGGAGGUUCUUCUGCUUCAGAAACAUUGCUAAAAGAUGUAGGGAAACCAGAGGCUUCCACUUCUGCUGAAUCAAGUACUACUGGAGAGCAUAUUUAUAAGACAUUAACACCAUUUCCUAAAAAAAGAUGCCGACAACAAAAAGUUCCUCCUUGUGCAAGCUCAAAAGAAUUCCAAAGCCAGCAAGAAGGUUUAGCAUGGCUAAGUAAUAAUGUGACCAUCAAACCUCUUUCUAAAGGGUCUUAUUCUGUAAAUAAGCAUGAGAGAUUGAAUUUGAAGUGCAGGUUUUGUAGUUCUGUAUAUAAAUGCAGUACACAUCUAAAGAAACAUGUUUAUUCAGCUCAUAAAGACAAGAAAAUACAUAAAUGCUGCUUUUGUAAAAGAGCCUUUUUCUUUUCUGUCAACCUGAAGAAUCACCUUAAAUUUCAUAAGAAAAUGACUAAGUUGCAAAAGGCAAGAAAGAAUAGAAUAAAUGCAACAAACAUUAAGCAGAAAAGAUCUGAAGAAAGAAAACCUGAGGCCAAGAAAAAAGAAAGUAAAUAUGAGAAAUUUUUUAUCAAAAUUGAAAGGGACUUUACACCUCUGGGUACUCCAGUUAGUUUUUCCUGCAGACUUUGUUUCUUUGCUUCGUCAAGCCCUAGGAUUUUUAUUAAUCAUAUCAAAGGACAUAAAGAGAGACCACCUUACCAGUGUCCUCAGUGUGAUUACUCCUGCAUUACGUUAUCCUAUCUGCUAAAUCACAUGUACUGGCAUGCUGGGUAUAAGCUGUACCAGUGCAAGUUUUGCACCUUUUUUUCAUUGUAUUUUGCAAGCAUGGUAAGGCAUAGCUACAUGCACAUAGGCACCAUGCCGUAUUCCUGUGAGUUCUGCCAGUCGACAUUCACAAGCAUUGUAGGGUUACAGAGACACAAAAGAUUACAUGCAGGCAAAGAAGCAGGCCAAGCACAGCAACUCGACUCCACCAGUGGAAGAAAGAGAACUAAAAGACCUUCAAAGAACUAUAUUUGUGAUGAGUGUAACGCAUUGUUUCACAAUAGAGGACAUUUCACCUUGCAUAAGAGGUUUCAUGAACGGUAUAAGGCUACCGCUAAUGGUUGUAAGAAUCAGAGAAAAAAAUGCAAAGAUGACAGUGAUUCCCAGGACCACGCUUCUCCAUCUCUUUCUGGUGAAGAAAAUUAUUGUCUCAGUGGGGGAAUGGUAGCUUCACAAGUAGACUUUGAGCAUGCAAGUGAUGUGCACAAUAAUAAGAAAACGGGCUCUGGAAAGAAAUUCCCUGAAAACGGCCAUGGAAGUAACUGCUUACCUGUUACUGGGAAGAGAUCGGAAGUUCCCCUGAAUUCAUACAAAAUGGACACUGUUGUUUAUAAAGAGGAACCUCUCUUCAAGUCCGAGGCCUCUCAUUCGGAAGUUCAAGAAGAUGAUGCGUAUCAUAGAUUUGUGGAAAACUUAAAGGAUACAUGGCCUUCCACUUUGUCUACAUUUAAAGCGUACGAGUGCCAACACUGUAGUUACGCUACUGGUGUUCAUAGGGACUUUAAGCUGCACCUAAAAAUACAUGAAAGACCCUUUGUGUGCAAAGAAUGCAAUAAGUCAUUUAAGACAUCAAACCAUUUGCAGAAACACAGCCUUACUCAUGUAAAGAACGGAUGUGAGUUGGGCCAUUGCCUCUAUAUAGGCAGCCAUUUAGAGAAUCUUGAACUGCAUGGUGAAAUGCAUGUGGGUGUGUAUUCAGAAAGAGAUUUUACUUCCUUGGAAAACUCAAACAGUGUCCAUUACUCACUUGGUUCGGAAGUCUGUGAAGUACAGCAAGAUGACCAGAGGAGCAAAGAAAAUGAUUUGCUAGCACAGAGUCAGCCACAAUUCUAUCAGUGUGCAGAGUGUGAGUACACUACUUACAUUUUAAGCAACCUCGAACUACACGUAAGAACUCACACAGGUGAGAAACCUUACAGCUGCAGUGAUUGUCAGAAGAAAUUUCGUACUUCCAGUCACCUGAAACGGCACAGAGUCACACAUUUUAAUAUGAGGCACCUGAAGUGCAGGAACUGUGACUACUCGACAAACAAAUGGCUGUCCUUGAAACAGCACCUGACCUCGCACUCCUCUGAGGAAAGCUCAUCUAAUGGCUGUCCCUACCAACAAAAGCAGCUACCUGUCAAAACGUACACGUGCCAAGAGUGUGGCUAUUGCACGGCCCACAAUGGAAACCUCAAGCCCCACUUGAGAAUUCACACAGGGGAAAAGCCGUUCAAGUGCAGUCAGUGCGCGGUGGCUUUCCGCACAUCUAGCCACCUGAAGCGCCACUUGGUAACUCAUUUAAAAUUGCACUGCAGACGAUGUAAGUUUUCUACAGUAGAUAAACGAGCUUUUCAAAAGCAUGUGAAAACACACAGAAAAAAGUACAAGUGUGGAAAGUGUAAUGUGACAUUGCCUACCAGAAAACUUCUGGAGAAGCAUAGGCGGCAACACACACCAGGAAUGUAAGCUUGGGAAGUGCAGGUUAGCACUCGGUUCUGUAGGAGUUUAUAUGUCUUGAAUUUGGUUUUUUGCUUUACAUUCCUGUGUUGUCCCCAGAAUGAUGGCUGGUAAUGGAUGCAUCCAGAUUUUUUGCCUAGAGUAUCAAACUUGAGAAUGCUGCAGAUCCUUUUGAGAACUACAAUAGAGAGGCUUUUACUAAAAAAUACUUUGGAGGCAGUUUUUCAUGCCUGUGUAACUUCUCAGUACCAUAAGGUCAAUUAUGAGUUAGCCAGAUUAAACAAUUAUUCUUUGCGACUUAUUUUCUGUUAAAAAAAAAAAAAGUUAAAAAAUUCUUUUCUAACUGAAGGAUUGUUUAAAGAGAGGGAAAGAAACACAUUGUAACAACUUUUCAUUUAAAAAUUAGUGUUUGCAAGUUUAGUGCUACCUCCCAUCUGCUGAAGGUUGCAUUCCCUACUCCCAGGUUGUCUUGCAAUACUUGUAAGAGAAGAAAUCUCAUUGAAUUGCAGAAACAAAAGAUUCAUAUGGUUACUAGAUAGUUGUGAUAUGAAGAUAUUUCCUGUAUGUAUAUAUAAAAGUUUUAUUAGACAGUUAUCUUGUUUGUACUUUUGAUAAUUCUUUGAGUAGGCUGACAGAAAUGUUGAUCAGAUAUUUUAUGAUACUAAGACACCUUAAAUUAAUCUUCAAUUUUAUGUAAGUGUUAAUCUGGUAUGAAGUUCCCUAUAUUUUCUCAGGCUGAUAGUUAAUGUGCUCUUUCUUAAAAGAGACAAUAUCGUGCUUUUCAAGGAAAUUCUGUUAAUUUAACCACUUGCUGUUGUAUUGCAGAAAUUUGAGCAAGAUCUUGAACUGUAAAAUUUAUUUUGUUAAAGAGCUUUACUGUACAUCUAAAAUACCACAUACAGGGACCACUUGUGCCAAACAGCAGAUGUUACUUGGUACGAAGACAACAGAUGGAGCUUCUUUCACUUUAUAUUCAAAUCUAGGCAAAUCUUUGCUGGUUUCACUGAGUUAUACAGUGCUAGAAACUCUACAGGGACAUCACUCAUUGUGAUAUGUUCAGUGCUAUUGGUAACAGCGAUGUUAACUUCUUGUAGAGGAGAAAGAUGAUGACAAAGGGCUGGUGUGAACUGUCCCCUAAUGUUCCAUUUCAGCCCCUGAAACAGAUGAGUAAACCUAUAGCUUAAUUUAGAGACUGUAAAAAUAAAUCUACUACUGCUUCAAGUGUAUGUUUUUCAUUGGAAACAUAGAUAAUCUGUCUCUGAGUCCUUCUGGUGCCAGGGGACAGGUGAGAAACAGUGGCACAGGGAGGUGGUGAAGUCUCCUUCAUUUGGACCAGGACGCCUCCAGAAGUCCUGCAGCCAUUCUGUGAUCCAAAACACAGUUUUCUGAGGGUGGAUGGAAGCUCAGGAGUAGAUGUAUGUAUUUUAGGCCGUGAAGAUCCAUGGAGGUAUUUAAGUGAUACAGUUCUUUGUAGUUGCAUUAAAGUCAGAAAAUUAAAUGCCUGUGACUCUGAA